AUGGACCCUAAUAUUCCACUAAGUCCUGAUAUCGUCACUCUUGGAUAUGACCUCCUCGCGUUUAAGGUAAUAGCUUUGGUUUCGUUCCUUAUCGUUUCUGAAUCCCCCGAUCAGCGAUACUAUGUUGGGAUGGCCGCGUUACUUGCAUAUGAUUAUUGCUUGACUAUUCGGCAGGAGAUAGAGACCAUCUGGAAAGGGAAUAGGUCUUUGGGUAUGAAAACAACUCUUUGGACGGCUGAGAGCAGCUGCAAUCGAUUUGCAAUCGUCGAGUGGAUUCAGACAUUGCUCAUUGUGUUACCUGCGGAAGCUGUAUUGGUCCUACGGGAUACUGCUUACCUUGGGGUCUCAAUUUUCUUCGAUUUUACCGUCUUCAUCUUCACCAUCUGCCGUACCGUCAAUUUCAGCCAAAUAAAACUUCCCACUGCCUCCCUUUUAAGAACGAUUCUAAGAGACGGCGCAUUCUACUUCUUGGUCAUUUUGUCAGGAAAUAUUGUAUGGAUGGUAUGCUCCCUCACUGGUCGGCGAGGCAUUAAGUUGAUAAAUGCACAACCAAGCAUGCUACUAACUUCCAUCAUGAUCACCCGACUUACACUGUCUUUACGAUCUGCUCUGAGUAAAGACGGGACUGCACUUCCUAUCUCUUGGCCAAGGGAUAUUAUGUAUACAAAUGACGAAUUGGCCACAACGUCGCAUCUUCCAACUACGUCCACAGUCAGUGACUUUGUUAUUGUCAGUAGGAGUGAAGAAGCUGUGGUUGAAAGGGAUAAUCCAGCUUAG